UCGUGUGAUAUCUGACCUCGUCCACCCCAGAACAACACCGGCGACGAGACGAGGGGAGGGUCUCCACAUUCAAACGCCCCGCUAGCCUCCGGCUGGAGGGGGAGUCACUGGGCCGGGUGAUCAUGUGACCGCGCGGCGGUGUCAUGUGACUAUGUGAGCGAGACACAGUUGUGGUAGCGGCGCGAGGAUCCCGGGAGGCAGAGAGAAGGGGACAAAAACAUUUCUCGUCACAAUGCGUUUGGUCAUUCUAGAAGACUAUGACAAAGCCAGUGAAUGGGCAGCCAGAUACAUUUGCAAUUCAAUUGUUCAAUUUAAACCUGGCCCAAGCCGAUAUUUUACUUUGGGUUUACCCACAGGGAGCACACCUGCUGGGUGUUACAAAAAGCUGAUUGAAUAUUAUAAGAACGGUGACCUCUCUUUUAAAUAUGUGAAGACGUUCAACAUGGAUGAAUAUGUUGCACUUCCGAGGGAUCAUCCAGAAAGCUACCACUCCUAUAUGUGGAAUACCUUUUUCAAGCAUAUUGAUAUAGACCCAAAGAAUGUUCAUAUUCUUGAUGGCAAUGCACCAGAUCUGCAGGCAGAGUGUGAUGCAUUCGAACAGAAGAUUGCUGAAGCUGGAGGAAUUGAACUGUUUGUUGGAGGUAUUGGUCCUGAUGGACACAUUGCUUUCAAUGAGCCUGGAUCAAGCCUGGUAUCAAGAACAAGGGUGAAAACAUUAGCCAAAGAAACUAUUCUGGCAAAUGCAAGAUUUUUUGAUGGUGACUUGUCAAAAGUACCUACCAUGGCAUUAACCGUAGGUGUUGGAACAGUAAUGGAUGCUAAAGAGGUUAUGAUUCUCAUCACAGGAGCGCACAAGGCAUUUGCAUUGUACAAGGCAAUCGAAGAGGGAGUAAAUCAUAUGUGGACCGUUUCUGCCUUUCAGCAGCACCCACAUACCACCUUUGUUUGUGAUGAUGAUGCUACUUUGGAGCUUAAAGUUAAAACAGUGAAGUAUUUCCAAGGUUUGAUGCACGUGCAUAAUCAACUUGUGGAACCAUUGCACAGUAUGAAAAGUUACAAUGACUAAAAAGAAGAAAAUGAAUAGAUACUUUCCUGUGAUGUACAAUUGAUUAAAAUUCCAAGGAUUAUGUUAAGUGGAAUUCAAUGCAACCUGAUUUUAUAUUGACAUGUUGCUGUAACUAAAACAACUAGAUUUUUGUAAAAGUAAUAUUCAAAAACUCCAAGUCCCAAAUUUCACUCUUCUUGUGUAUUCUUCCUGCUCUGAAGACACUUGAUCUCUUCCAAGUGUCCAUAGCAGUGAAACCUUGCAAAUCAUAGGCAUAAACAGAACAGAAGCAAGAAUAAUCCAUUAGUAUAUGCAAAGAAUAAUUCCUUUCUUUACAGUAUAUUGUGAAGAUCAUUGCAAAUUUGUGAAGAUUGUUGCCUCAAAGCCUUGUUCUUCCCACUUAUGAAUAAUAGAAUGUGAGCUAAAAUCUGUAUGUAAUAUAUUUUAAAGGCUUUCCAGUAUUGUUUCCUUAGCAUUUGAAAUUUUUGAUUGAAUAUUUAAGUAUCAUUCGUUAUUCCCUGCAUUGAAAAAGCUAUUGAAGAAAUGGUCUUGAAUCUAUCUGGCAAAGGCAGAUCAAUAAUUCAGUCUAACUAGUGUAAUAAAUUGUACAUUCAUGCAUCCUCAUCUGUCAUAAUUGCACAAUUUUAUUACUUUUGAACUAUGUUCAUUAUUGGAAUUAAGAUUCCAAAGUGUAAGUCUUUCAAAUGGUUUGGAAAAUACAUGUGUCAUGAAUAUUUUGCAAGCUAAGUUUUUAAAACUUUCCAUAUCUGGUAUAGAUUUCUUGGUCACAUUCCAAACAUUUAUUGCUUCACUAGCCCAUUUGUUCUUUCAUUACACGGUAAUGACUGCUGCUUGUAUUCUGUGUACAUUGUACUAUUAGGGCAUUGAUGUGAACUUUGGUAUUUUAAUCAUGAAUUCAGUUUCAACUGUAUUGUCACUAAGUCUCCAUAUGAUUUGCUUCUAACCAUUAAAAACAUAAUUUUGAAAAGCUAUUUAUGCUUUUUUAAUUAAAUAACUUGAGGUGCCAAUAACAAAAGCAUCUAAUGUACUGUGGGAUCAUUUCAUUUACAUUUCGGUUGGAUUAUUUCAGAAAUUCUAAUUUGGAAUCUCUAACUGUUUAAUUAUGGAAGCUGAUCUCUUUGAUUGCCUAAUAGUAAUUAGGUUGUAUAGAAUGCAUAUUUCUAUCGUUACAAAGUAUCUGCUGCACUAAAAGCUUCAUGUUCUUGUAGAUCUGAAUACUAGUUAUUAUCAAUUUUAACAAUAUAGCUGUUUGUUUUCCUUCAGAAUGCCAAAUGAUGUUCUUUACUGGAUAAUCUGUUCAAGCUGAUGAUGAGAAUUCAAGGAUUGUGAAUUAUAUUUCUUAAUUUUUUUUCAACAUACUAAUCAGUGCAUGGCAUAUACCUGUUUGAAUCAGGUUUUCUUCCCUGAGGGACAAAAUUGUAUAUUAUAAAACACUGUACUGUUGUACCAUAGGUUAUCUUUAUGCCUUAAUCAAAUAAAACAUCAAGUGUUUAUCAUCUCAAAAA